GCAUUUCACUCCCAGUUUCAAAUUUAAGAAAUAGAUUUAUCAUAUUAAAGAAAGAAUAAAGUUGUGGUAUUGGAGUUUUUGCAUCCUAGAAAAUUAAUUUAAUUUUUAAAAAACAUACAUAGCUAUAAAUAAAAUGUCUGAAUCUGCAGAUAUCAAUUCAGAAUCCGUAGAAGUCCUUCGUGAACGUCUUAGUUCCAUGAAACGACUAAUGGCAGAACGAAAUAGUCAACAAUCCUCGCCAGCUAGUACCGAAGAAAUUUGGUCCAGAACUCGUCGCACUUCGACUGGAAUAAUUGAUGGAAAUUUUCUUAGUGUAGCCUUUGGAGGUGCUUUGCUAGUGAUUGUCACUGUUUCGGUUUAUGCAUUCUAUAAUUUAUACAAUGCGAUUUUAAAGAAAUUUCCUUCACAUCACGAAGAACUAUAAAAUUAUAUUUUUGUUUAAUUUUUAUAUUUUUCGGUAAUCGAAAUAAAUUAAUAUUCCAAAAUAGUUUGCUCUGAAUCAAGCAAUUUAAUUUGAUUUGUAUUAAAUUGUGUAAAUUAUUUACUUCGGUUAAUAUCAUUAUCUUUGUAAUAGAGAAAAAUAUAAACAUGUCUGUGUUCUUGUAAUUUUUUUAAAGACGUAAUUUUUUUAAUAAAAGUUGUUAAAAGCUCAAUCAA